UGAGUGGGCGGUGGCGGUUCUUGUUGGCGGUCUGGCUCCGCAGGGCAGGGGGCAAUUUUAGUUGUUUGGGGUUGGCUUUUAGUUUAAUUUUUCUUUUCUAGCUUGGCAUCGCGGGCCAGUUCGCACGUUCUAGUCGUCUGAGGCCAUGUCAGGAGACGGAGCCACGGAGCAGGCAGCUGAGUAUGUCCCAGAGAAAGUGAAGAAAGCCGAAAAGAAAUUAGAAGAGAAUCCCUAUGACCUUGACGCUUGGAGCAUUCUCAUUCGAGAGGCACAGAAUCAACCUAUAGACAAAGCACGGAAGACUUAUGAACGCCUUGUUGCCCAGUUCCCCAGUUCUGGCAGAUUCUGGAAACUGUACAUUGAAGCAGAGAUUAAAGCUAAAAAUUAUGACAAGGUCGAAAAGCUAUUUCAGAGAUGCCUUAUGAAGGUUUUGCACAUUGAUUUAUGGAAGUGUUAUCUUUCAUAUGUCCGAGAAACCAAGGGUAAACUACCAAGUUACAAAGAAAAAAUGGCUCAAGCAUAUGACUUUGCACUGGAUAAAAUUGGAAUGGAAAUUAUGUCUUAUCAGAUUUGGGUGGAUUACAUCAAUUUCUUAAAAGGCGUGGAAGCUGUUGGAUCUUAUGCAGAAAAUCAGAGAAUAACAGCUGUUCGAAGAGUUUAUCAACGAGGUUGUGUUAAUCCCAUGAUCAACAUUGAACAACUGUGGAGAGACUAUAACAAGUAUGAAGAGGGUAUCAAUAUUCAUUUAGCUAAAAAAAUGAUUGAAGAUCGGAGUAGGGAUUACAUGAAUGCUAGGCGGGUAGCAAAGGAAUAUGAGACAGUAAUGAAAGGUUUGGACCGCAAUGCUCCCUCAGUGCCUCCUCAGAAUACUCCUCAAGAAGCUCAGCAGGUAGAUAUGUGGAAGAAAUACAUACAGUGGGAAAAGAGCAACCCUCUUCGUACAGAAGAUCAGACCCUUAUAACUAAAAGAGUUAUGUUUGCUUAUGAACAGUGCCUGCUUGUGCUGGGCCAUCACCCUGAUAUUUGGUAUGAAGCUGCCCAGUAUCUUGAGCAGUCAAGUAAACUGUUAGCAGAGAAGGGGGAUAUGAAUAAUGCCAAAUUAUUUAGUGAUGAAGCUGCUAAUAUAUAUGAAAGAGCAAUAAGCACUUUAUUAAAGAAGAAUAUGCUUCUUUAUUUUGCAUAUGCAGAUUAUGAAGAGAGCCGUAUGAAGUAUGAGAAAGUUCACAGUAUAUAUAACAGACUUCUGGCAAUUGAGGAUAUUGACCCCACCUUGGUAUAUAUCCAAUAUAUGAAAUUUGCAAGAAGAGCAGAAGGUAUUAAAUCUGGAAGAAUGAUAUUUAAAAAAGCAAGAGAAGAUACCAGAACCCGCCACCAUGUCUAUGUUACUGCAGCACUCAUGGAGUAUUACUGUAGUAAGGACAAAUCUGUUGCCUUUAAGAUUUUUGAGCUGGGGCUAAAGAAAUAUGGAGACAUUCCAGAAUAUGUCCUGGCCUAUAUUGACUAUCUUUCUCACCUCAAUGAGGACAAUAAUACUCGAGUUUUGUUUGAACGAGUUUUAACAUCUGGAAGUCUUCCACCUGAGAAGUCUGGAGAAAUCUGGGCCCGAUUUUUAGCUUUUGAAAGUAAUAUUGGUGAUCUAGCUAGUAUACUCAAAGUGGAGAAAAGACGGUUUACAGCAUUCAAAGAAGAGUAUGAAGGCAAAGAAACAGCUUUACUGGUAGAUAGAUACAAGUUCAUGGAUUUAUAUCCCUGCUCUGCAAGUGAACUAAAAGCGCUUGGGUAUAAGGAUGUCUCCCGUGCUAAGCUAGCAGCUAUAAUUCCAGACCCAGUUGUAGCUCCUUCUAUAGUGCCUGUUCUGAAAGAUGAAGUGGAUAGAAAACCAGAAUACCCUAAACCAGACACUCAGCAGAUGAUUCCAUUUCAGCCACGACAUUUAGCACCUCCGGGCUUACACCCUGUCCCAGGUGGAGUGUUCCCAGUACCACCUGCAGCAGUUGUUUUAAUGAAACUUCUCCCUCCUCCUAUUUGUUUCCAGGGUCCUUUUGUACAAGUGGAUGAACUGAUGGAAAUUUUCCGAAGAUGCAAGAUACCAAAUACAGUUGAAGAAGCUGUGAGGAUCAUUACUGGAGGAGCCCCAGAGCUAGCUGUAGAAGGCAAUGGCCCGGUGGAAAGUAAUGCAGUACUCACCAAGGCUGUCAAAAGGCCCAACGAAGAUUCAGAUGAAGAUGAGGAAAAGGGAGCAGUCGUUCCCCCUGUUCAUGACAUUUACAGAGCAAGGCAGCAGAAGCGAAUUCGGUGAAGCAGGCACAGAACCUGCCUCUGAAAGAAAACUCCUCUCCAGGAUUCCUUUUGCCUCUUAAGUCAUAUGUUUAAAAGAGACAAUGCUUUGUUACAAAGUUCUUGGAAACAAAGUUGUAUUGUCAUUGGUGCCUCUAUUCAUAUGCUUCUUGAGAAAAACCAACCAACCUAUGUGAAUUUUAGGAUUUGGAACAGACCUAUGCUCUAAGCAAAAUUAGGUUUUCAAAAAUUUGAGAACAGUACAAAGUGGCAGAACCACAUUUUGUUCCCGCUUCAAGGGUGUCUUGUAUGUACCACUUGAAGACUUGUGGGUUUUCAACAGUUUUAUUUUAAAAACUGGAUGGCUUAUGAUUGUAAAGCAUUUUAUGACAUUUUCUGAAAACAACAGCUGUUCUUGGUUUGCUUAUGUAGAGUCCUGCCUUAUUGUUUGUUUUAUUUAUGGCAGA